AUGAGAAAACUCAAUGAAAAAAUCGCAUUUUUUUAUCUCGUUUCAUUGAACACGGUGUUCACUGAGAGUAAAAAACGCUAUGUAAAUGUAGAUGACGCAGAGAAAAUCGAAGUGAUCGACUUAACACAGGCAACGACUUGGAGGGAUUUAUCUGAAUACUAUGAGGCGAUUGAAAAACGAUGGAAACUGUGUCUGAACUGCGGCGUACCAGGGCUGGGUACAGCUAUGCACAUGGAGCUUCCGGGGGGUGAAGCCUCCAUGCAUCUCUCUGUUAUACCUCCAGACUAUCUGGUUACAAGAUUAUCUAUAAUCGACGUUACUGCCCUAAGCAAUACAAAUCCACCUUUAGUGCUGACUUUAGAUGUUGCUCAGCAAUGGAUCUCAUUGAAGCAUGACCCUCGAGAGCCGACGUUACUACUCUUCAAGUUCGGCUGGAGCGAAGAGGACACGCACAAGAAAGUCAGAAGCUGUAUUUGUGAAAUACCAGGGCUAAGCUACGAGCUAGCAGAAUGGAUAGCUACAAAUAUGAGUCAUGUGGUGGGAGUAGGAACCGAUGCUCCGACACUUGAGUCAGAACAGACCAGGGAAUUCUCCAGCCGAACUGUCGCGAACUUGUUGGGACGCAGCGGUGUUUACAUUGUCGAAAAUGUUAACUUGAAGACCAAAUUGCCAGAACAAAGUUGCAUGGUCACUACAAUGCCGUUGAAGCUGCUGAACGCUAACUACGUGCCGGCGAGGGUGACGGCAUUUUGUCCGACAACACACGUCGGGAAGCACGUCGCCUUGACUUUAAGGGGUGACGUCACACACCAGACCGCCCCCAAUCGGUUAUUCGACGUGGAUUUAGACGAAAUAUUAAAUAAUUAA